AUUAUAAUUUUAUUAUUCUUGGCCAAUUAUAUAAAUGCUGAGUCCCUGGCUACAUAAAAAACAAAUGAUCUAAGGGAAAUGCAAUUGAGAGAUGGAAUAAUUGAAUUGAAUUCAACUGGAUAUUUUUACUACACUAUGGAAUUUCCACGUCCAUAUGAUGUCGUUAUAUACUUUGUAGCUCCCAGCUGUAAACUUUGCAAUGAUCUUAAUGAACAUUACUAAAAAGUAGCCAAAUUCUACGCUGAUUCAGGAGCAUUAUAUAAGAGUGAAUCCAAAAGAGCAGUCUUCUUUGCCACCAUGACAUUCAAUGAUAAAACUAAGCAAGUCUUCGAACAACUUGGAUUUAUUUCAGCACCUAACUUAUUCGUCUCACAACCACAUAUUGUAUUUGUCCCACAAGAUGAAAGAGAAAGAUAUUUGAGAGACAUGAAAUGGACUAUUUCUUAUACAGAUGGUACAGUCACAGCUCAUAAAUUCCUUGAAUUUAUAAAUAAAAGGACCGCAAGAUAGGUUGAUUACAAGGCAUCUACCUCUGAAGCACUUACUGUUAUCGGUGUUCUCUUGGGAGCUCUGACAGUAGGAGCCCUGUUAUUCUUUAUAGCCAGGCCCUUGUUUCUAAAUCCCAAAUUAUGGUUCGUUGGAUCGAUAAUCAUAUUCAUCACUUGUUUGGCUGGAGUCGUUUACAACAUUAUUCAUAAUGUCCCUUUCUUUAGCUAGAAUAACCGAGGAGGCUUAUAAUGGAAGACCAAUAGUGGAAGAUAGUAACUAGGAUUUGAAGGAUUGUUCUUGAGUCUUGGUAUGACUUUCGUUGGAUUGACUAUGGUGUUGAUCAUGAAACUAAAGGUCUUGGUCAGACAUCGAAAAAUAGACCCGUUGAUUGAAAGAUCGAUAUAUCUAUUUUUAUUUUUAAGCAUUUUCAUAACCGUUCAAUUCGUUGAGGAGAAUUAUAGACAAAAAUCGCACUAUAAUCCUAUUUAUUGGCCACCAAAACAUUAUAUCAAGGGACCAUUAAAUAGAGACUAAGGCAAUUCAUUUUGAGUUUAUAUUAAAUAGUAAAUUACAAAUAUUACAAUCUC